AAUAACAUUCAGUCUAUCCCGUUGAUUUCCAACGAGAUUCCCUCUGGUCUUCGUCGAGUGAAAUAUCAAUAUCGGUCGUUCUACCUUUCUCAAACAUUUUACGUAAUCGCAUUAAAAUAUUUACUCGGCAAAUUCCAUGUUUUCUCCCGUGUUCCCGCAGAUAGCUAUCUGCGACGAGCCGCGAAAUUGCAUUAGAGUACGAGGCGCUAGUUAAUUAACAAGAGGUCGCGAGAAACCUCGCUGUAUCGUCCAACGUUUUCGCAAUUACGCUGUGCAUCGACACCACUAUUUCUGUCAUUCAAACGCGCGAGGAAACGGAAAUUGUUUAUAGUCAGCAGGAUAAAAAAUGAUACGUACUAUGUGCCAGCCGGAACUGUUAUCAAUUUAAUUAUUAUAUUUUCCGUCUGUAAUAAACAACUGUGAGACUUAAUUGCGUUCGAAUGACUCGUCUGGAGUAUCUAAUAAAUCAUGGAUACGAACAGUUUAGUCAAUUAAGGAUAUUUUUAUGCAACCAUGAUGUUACGUGGAACGAGUUGGGUAAUGAAUUAACGUUCUUCUUCUGCUUACAUUGAAGCGGAAAAAAUUGAUGACACGCGACCGAAGAAAGUAAUAAGUGAUCGUCUAUUUGUUCAUGAUAUGUCGGAGGAGCGUGUGCAGAUUUUCAAGUUGCACCGCAACGCAACGUCGUUAGAGCGAAGCACGUCUCGAGCAUGUUUCCUAGUUUCUCUGAUUGAUCUAUCGUGAUACAUGUGCUAGGUUUUCACGCGAGAAUAAAUCGUAACAGAGAUAUCACAAUACAGUCAUGAAAACUUGACUGUCACGAAACUGGAAUCACGAUAGGCACAUGAAUGAACGUAGAUGGAACGUCGAAAUAGGAGAAUUGGCAGCGAAAUUCAGAGUCUCAUUAAGCAUACACGACUUUAUUAAUAAACGAAUGACGCGAUACAAACAACUGUUUCUUACGAAAUCAAUAGGAAUAUAUCCUCCAUUCUCUUGGGUCUAUGGGAUUCUCUCAUUCGCACGACAGUCACGACAGCGAAAAUCAUGACAGUUACUGUCACGUGAAAACGUACAUUCCUGUACGGUCACAAAAGAGAGACGUGCAUACAAACAUUCUUCCUGUCGAACUUGAUGAGCGUAACAGAAUUUUCUUCGAACUUUGAAAUGAAUUUAGGAACUAUUUCCCGAGAGAAUCUUGUUUAAAUCCCAAGGCAUAAUAAAAUCAUUAAUAGUAUUUGUUUGGCAAACUUUGAACUUGAAAAUAAUAAAGUUAAUCGCUCGUUUGUUCUUGAUAAAUAAAGCAAAGUUCACUUCGUAUUCAUGGGGUCGGAUUUAUAAAGGAAUGGAAAAUUCAUUGAUCAUUUUUCAUUCAAGACGAUGACUCUGAAAGGUGGUAAAACGGUAUGAAGGGAAAGCGUCGGCGCGUUCUGUCACAACAACAGUUUACAAAGUCCCAGGAAUUUUUAACUGUUAUCAAGUUGAAUAAACAAGAGAAGAUGCCUGGCCACCGUCAGCCUAACUCCCUGCAGGGGCUUAGUUUGGGACGUGUGUGUCAACAGCUCGACGGGACGUGCCGAAGGCUGCAGGUGCUUUCACAAGAGUCAUCAGCUGCACAAGUGUUGGCAUAUGCAAAGCAGACUAUCAGACCUUAUUACAUUAAUGCGUUGCCCGCACGGUUGAGGUCUCAAGUCAUAGAAGAGACGUCAAAAAUGUUGUACGGGCCUGCAUCCGAUGGGUCGACUCUAAUUUCGGGUCCAGCUCCUCUGUAUCUGCUGGCCCUUCUUCUGGGACACGACAUAAAGCAUUUGAAAGUGAAUCUGUGUUGCUACUAUGGAUGCAGUCACCAGACCUCUCUAUUAAAGCUACUCGCAACGGAAGGAAUCGGGCUUGAAUCGCUGGAGCUGGCCCGUUCAGCCUUACUGAGACUGGACUGCAAACUGUUAAGGUCUGCCCUUCUGAACAUGAAGAAUCUGAUAAGUCUGACUUUGCGCAAUAUCGCCAGUGACGCGGUGCUUCAAGUGGUGGGAAAAGCAUGCCCGAAGCUUGUGCACUUGGAUGUAGCUUGUUCGAGACAAGUAACGGAUGUAGGAUUGAAGCAAUUACUGUUGCAAGUCGAGUUGAGGGACAAGAUACCGCACGCUACGAUGCAGGAGCCUACCAGCUGGUCCCGUAUAAAAACGCUGCUUUCGAAACUGAAGAUGCGAAACUGUAAAUCGGAGAAAAAGGAGAAACAAGGAGUACUGUUGGAAUACUAUGAAAGUAGAAACUUUCUCUGUGAUACGCUCAGAGUACUUAACGUCGCGAACACCGGCGUGACCAGUGCGGGAGUGCUUCUGGCUCUGGUACACGUCCCGAGAUUGGAGUCUUUAGCGGAGUACGGUCACAUGGGGAGGGUGGUAGAGAUCAUGAACAAAGGAUUGAUCGGAUUCAAGACCCCUUUCAGCCUGACUCAGGCGAGGAGCUGCAGGACGACGCCGGUCCGUUUGGAACUCUUGGCACAAGCCUGCCCGAAAGUGGAAAAAUUACACAUCUCAGAACCUCAUCAUCCCCCCGAAGCUCUAAGACUGUUCCCUUAUAUCACAUCGUUGAGCGUGCACAAUAUACCGCCUCAGAGAGAAUGGUUGGACGGCUUUUACAACUACCUUCGCACGAACGGUCACGAUCUACGCGAGCUCCACCUUCGAAUAACUCAGAACGAGAAUCCGAUACAGGUGGACCUGAAAGAAAUUUUCAGCAGCUGUUCCAACAUCAGAACGUUCACCAACGAUGGCUCGAACAUAAUUUGGUCGGAAGGAGCCGAUCCUCCUCCGUUGAAAUAUUUGAAAAGAAUUCAGUUAGGACGAACAGUCAGUGCCGUUGCUAUCACGAAAAUCCUUUCGUUGGCGCCGGAAUUAACAGCGUUGCACGUUCACAGUUGUUUCGAUCUCACGAACGAACAUUUGGAAAAACUAUUGAGUGGAACAAGCAAACACAGGAAUUCAAAAAGAUCUGACAAGUGCGAAAAUAGUUUGGUACAGAACUUGACGUGUUUUUACAUAUAUGAAGCCAGUAAAGUAUCCGCGGCUACUGUUCUCAAUAUGUUUAAGAAUUGUAAAAGACUGAGAAAGAUUGGAAACUUGGCAAAUUGGGGUCUAGACUGCGAGGGUGUUCGAAUGUUAAGAACUACUCUGACUCGCGCCAACUUGGACGUCGACUUGUGCCCGGGUGCGCAUUGGUUCUGCAGCAAUUGUAUUUAGUAACAGGUUUCUUAUUUUCUAGUUUUAUAUAUCGAGGAAAGCAGCUUCUUAGAAGUUUUGUCCAUGACACGAUUGGCUGCUGUUUCUACUUUAAUAGACUGUAAAAUUGUCAGUAUUAAAAAUGAUUUUAUUAUACAAUUACUGGUGACAGUAAUCGGUCGUCUUAUAUGUUCGUGACUUAAAGAUUUUGAAGUUGAUUUGCUCGUAUGACUAAGUACUUUACUUUAAUUAAUCAAUAAUAAUUUACUAAAUAUAAAAUACGAAAAUAUAUCAAUACGCCAUGUUAUAAUAACUUACUUUAAAGUAAUGCCAUUAACAAACGAAUCAAAACAAAUGCAUAUAAAAUCUGUACUUUUACUAAACAUAAGCUGCGCUAUUAUUUCCGAUAUACAUAUAUGUACUUAAAAGCAGAAAAUUAAUUUGUAUUCUAACGAGUCGAAUAUAAUUUCAGCCCCGCAUCGAACUUCAAUAAAGAAUAUCUUUAAAAGGA